AUGCUGCUGCGAUAUUCAUUAAACAAUUCAUGGAGAUUUUUUCAGAGAACCGGUCAAUCUUUCAGGGGUUCAUCGGUUCGCAAAAUGUUAAUACCCACAAGUUGCAUAAUAUACCUGACGCAACAGCACAGGAGGCGCUAUAGUUUGCUUAAUGAGACCGUGGAACCCAGUCCUUAUGGUGAUACAUUUGAAAUGGGGCUAUACUUGACUUCACAGAGGGAAUUGCAGCAAAACAUCGAAGAAGCACGUCAAAGAAAGCUCAAAAAAUCACAUAACAUCCUUAGCUAUUGUUCUAGGAAAAUAUGGUAUAUUAUAAAAGAUGAAUUGUUGGAACCAAUAUUUACACUGCUACGAUUUUUAGAAUUGUCAGUAAUAUUCAUUCCAGUUUUGAUGGUCUAUCCAAUAUCCUUCUUUGGUAGACACCAUAGAUCAAACAAUGAUGAAUUUGCCAGUGAAACUGCGGGUUCACUUUUAUGGUAUAAGAUACUUCGUAAAGCAUUGGAGAUAGGUGGACCCAGUUUCAUUAAAUUGGGUCAGUGGGCAGGCUCCCGGACCGAUAUUUUUUCGAAGGGACUAUGUCAAGAAUUAGGUCAGCUACACAGUAAUGGCAAAGCACAUUCAUUGCAAUAUACAAAGGAUAAAAUUUGUGAAAGUUUGGGAGAUGAAUUUAAAUUUGAUGAUAUCUUUGAAGAGUUUAGGGAAACUCCCUUGGGCGUGGGCGCAAUCGCACAAGUUUAUGUUGGUAAACUGUCGGAUGAGUUUCUCAAACGAAAGCAAAUUAAAAGUCAAAUUGGUGAUAAUGGUAAAAGAUGGUGUGCUGUUAAAGUCAUACAUCCACAUGCCAGCAAAAAAGUAAACCGAGAUUUGCGAAUUAUGAGUUUCUUCGCUAAUACAAUAGACAUGAUCCCAACAAUGGUAUGGCUUUCACUUCCAAGUGAAGUUGAAAACUUUAGUAUUUUAAUGAGAUUACAGUUGGACUUAAGGAUUGAGUGUUUAAAUCUUGGCAGGUUCAAUGAAAAUUUCAAAGGUUCUUUGCAAGUCAAGUUCCCUAAAGGUUUUCCAGACUUUUCAAGCCGGGACGUUCUGUUUGAAGAAUACAUUCAUGGUUUCUCAAUGGAGCAAUUCUUGAGGGCUAAAGACGACUUGAAAAAUGUGGAGCUUUGUCAAUCUGUCAGCGGCCCCUUCAUUGAUUCCUUUUUGAAAAUGCUGAUACUUGAUGAUUUCGUUCAUGCCGAUUUGCAUCCUGGUAAUGUUAUGAUAAGAUUUGUCAAGACCAAUAGAUAUGAUACAAAAAUUACAUCUACAGAGGAAGAGACAUUCAAGAUUGUGGAUUCCCUGAACAAGAAAUUUAAAAAUAAUGAUCCUACUUUUAUUGAUGAACUUAGAGAAGAUCUGACAGAUUUUGAACCUCAAAUUUGUUUCAUAGAUGCUGGACUGAUUACUGAAUUAAAUAAAAAGAAUAGGACAAAUUUCAUUGCAUUAUUUAACGCUCUGGCGAGAUUUGAUGGAUAUCGUGCCGGAGAAUUAAUGAUUGAAAGAUCAAAGACCCCUGAAACGGCAAUUGACAAAGAAAUGUUCGCAUUCAAGGUCGAGAAGCUAGUUAACAAAGUGAAAAAGAGGACAUUUACUUUAGGGACUGUUUCAAUAGGCGAUUUGUUGGAUCAAAUGCUCAGUAUGGUUAGAUCACACCAUGUAAGAAUGGAGGGAGAUUUUGUUUCUGUAGUUGUUGCUAUAUUGUUGUUGGAAGGAAUAGGUCGGCAGCUGGACCCUGACUUAGAUUUAUUUGCAAGCUCAUUACCGAUAUUGAGAGAAUUCGGAAUGCAAAGAGAAGCUACCAGUUUACUUAAUGACACUAGUACAUUUUCCAUGUUAAAGGUGUGGAUAGGACUAGAAUUGCGCUCGUUAAUGAGCUCGUCAGUAAGAAGCAUAUUUGAACUGAUAAAGAGUGACCAAUUGUGCCCCAACUAUUAA